AUCUGCUUAGUUCCGAUCCCUGAUUGUCAGCAAACGCUUCCUCUGCGCAGUGGCCGGUCCUGCUGGUCAUAUUUCACACUCACAUCAUUUUACACAAUGGCGGUGUAAGCUGCUCAUCAAUUGAAGAACUAUACUGCACCAUCCACUGCGAAAAUAAAUAGCAGACUGAAUGGACAAUAAGGUGGUUUCGGAAAUCGAAGACAAUUCGAUGAUCGAGUCGUCAGAAAUUUCCGAAUUAUUUGGGGCGUCACCUCGUCUCAGUCCGUUAACAUCUUCCCUAGAUCAGAACUUGACUCUACACGAAGAUAAUCUCCUUUCUGUGGACAACAUUAUGGGAAUUGAGAAUACCUGGGCAGAAAGUAAUACUCCGGCUUCAGACUUUCCAAUUCCACUUCCAGCUCCUGGGGACUUAGAAGGAUAUGCAGAUCCUGAUGUAGACCCCAUUGAUACCAACGGUGGAAUAGAAUAUGGUCCAUUUCUUCCCUCCAAUACACGUGCUCUUAACAAUCUUUUCACAGACACGGGGGAAACGCAAGAAAAUUCAGAGAAUGAGACAACCCUUGCUGGUGUUUGUGGCCUUCGUAAUCUUGGUAACACGUGCUUCAUGGCUGCAGGCUUGCAAUGUCUCACUGCCACACCUCCUGUGUUACGACAUUUCAUAGAUUUACAACAGCAAGGGGAGAAACUGCCACCACCUGGUUCUUUAAUGGCGCAUUUUAGUUCGCUACUUAGUCAAAUGUGGUCUGGUAGACAUAGCGUCAUUAGACCUACGGAAUUUAAACAGUCCCUAGGAGCUUACCACUCACAGUUCAAGGACUACAGACAACACGACUGUCAAGAGUUCCUUGCACUACUGUUGGAUUCAUUACAUGAGCAAAUGAACGUAGCGAAGCCUGCCAAAAAUUGCCAAUCAUCGAUGACAAUUAAUACUGCCAACUCUGUUAUUACCAACCAAAAUGGUAAACAAGAUUCAGUCGAUGCUACCUUCACUGCCACUAAUAAUACUGAAGAAGAAUUUAUGGACUGUUAUGAUAAUUCGCCUUCUCCAGAAUGUCCAAAUAGUCCAAACGUCACAAUGGCUGGAUCACCAAGAGAUUUAAGCUCACCCGUUGGUGAUUUGGACAGUACGACAAAUACGCCACACGGUUCUCCUUUAAAUGAGGAUGAAGAAACACUCGACUCAGACGAGGUGACUGUCACGAAGCCAAGGUUCAUUCACAAUAAAACACAAAAGGAUGAUUUAGGGUCUGUUAAUUUUAAUUCUCAUUACUCAAAACUGGACAAGCUAAACGAUUUGCAUGGAGUGAACAAUUAUCCUGGCCUCUGUGACAUUCUAAAAGAGGCAAAGACAAGUAAUGCCAAUUUUCUUGUGACCCAACCCGAGUGCAAUAAUGAAAUCCACUAUGACUCACAAAAGUUUCCAAAAGAAAAUAUCCGACGAACAACUCUGGACAACUCGAAUUUAACAGAAAAUCACGAUUUCGAUAACAAGAACGUUAGUGUCAAACGAAUAAAUGAAGUGAAUGUACAAAAAAAUAAUUGUAGUGUCGAAUGUGUGGGUAUUUCUAGUGGUUCAGAACCCGAAUGUGAUAGUGGACUUGAGAAGUGUAACGUCAAGAGAAUGAGACUCGAGGAUCAGGAAAAAAAUCAUCGUCGCGAUGGUUUGGGGCCUAGCGGAAUGCAAUCAUCGAAAAAUUUACAAAAUUAUGAAAAUGGCGCUGUAGCAUCGCAAGAUGAAAUCGAAGCCGACAAACAUUGGGCGAAGCACUUGAAGGCCAAUAGAAGUGUCAUUGUCGACACGUUUCAAGGGCAAUUCAAAAGUACAGUGGUGUGCGCAGUCUGCAAACACGUAUCUGUGACGUACGAACCCUUCAUGUAUUUGUCGGUGCCAUUACCUCACGCUAUGGAAAGACAAUUGAGUGUUACGUACGUUCCUGCGAACAAUGAAUCUCCCGUGAGAUGUGUUGUCUCUUUGAACAAACAGUCAAGAAUUGGUAAAUUGAAGGAAGAAUUACUGAAACUUCUCGGCAAGGAACACGUGGCAAUGUCUAACAUUGCGCUCGCCGAAGUUUUAGAGAAUCACAUUGCUAGGAUAUUGGAAGACAAUACGAUGCUGAAAUACGUGAACGCUAUGAACCGUUCAAUUUACGCCUUCGAGUUGACUGAUCCACCAGACGGACAUUCUACAUCCACUUCAAUUCCUGAUGGCGGUGGAGAUCGAGUUAUUGACUCUGAAUUCUGUCAAAAUGGCACAACGAGUAAUGAGGAAGUUGGAACGUGUUUAAUAUGUCUUGAAGAAUGCGAUGGAGAAUUAAAAAAGCACAGUGAAAACAAUUGUAAUUUCAUUAUGUGCGAUCCUUGUGUCGAGAACUACUUCAAGAGCCAAGCGACAAACAAUUGUCCAGUGUGUUCGACGAGUGUAACAGCCGCGUCGUUCACCAAGAUUGACCAGACUGGCCGACCAAGGCCUGCAAUUCGGAUAUUGAACGUACCACUGGUGCUGAGAUACGACACCAACGAGGCCACCAACAAUCGGAGGGACAUGAAACUCUUCAGCUAUCCUCAUUUAGUUCGGCUGCCUUCUCGAGUCAAUGCUGCCGAUUUGUACGAAGUUGUCAGGCGAGUUGUACCGCAGGAAGGGAAAUACACAAUACAUUUUGUGGAUGGACAGGGUCACCAUUGCUCAAGGUGUAUCUAUACCAAACACUGUACUGGUUGCGGAGUACCUGAAACAGGCACAGUUAGUUUACAAAAUGGCGACACAUUAGCUGUGCGUUACACAGAAAACAUUCCGAAAUUCGCAUCGCCGAUAGAUCAUAUUAGUGUCACAAAACAGCGACCACCCCAUCCGCUUUCUCUUUACGACUGUUUGCAAGCAUUUAGCCAAAGUGAAACUUUGGAUGAGCAUAAUCCGUGGUUUUGUCCAAAAUGCGAAGUCAACCAGUGUGCUACAAAAAGUCUCACCGUCCAUCGAUAUCCUAAGUUUCUUAUUGUAUAUCUAAAAAGAUUCGUAUUCCACGAAUGUAUUAGUAUGAAAUUAGAUGACAAGGUUACGUUUCCUCUUGUUGGGCUUAGUGUAGGAAAACAUCUGUAUGACUUAUACGCCUGUGUUUGUCAUUUCGGAGGAGUGUCAGCCGGACAUUAUACGGCAUACGCAAGAAAUCCUCGUACGGACCUCUGGCACUACUACAAUGACGAAGAGACAAGCAAGAAGAAGCCUCACGACGAAGAUUUCAGUAAUGCAUACAUCCUAUUCUACAAUCGGCAGCAGGGGACCAAUUUGAAGCCGUGUAACAUAUAAAGAGAAUAAUUUAAUGAAGUAAGGAGCAAAACGCGACAUGACGAAGUCUGCGACUAUUCAAGCUUUUCAGAAUUGUUUGAGGGCAGAAGGUGAUUAUUGUAGGAGACUCAGUUUCAAAUAUUUUGGCUGUGCGUGAUGUGUAUAGAGACCCGAUCAGCGAUGUAGAAUAUGUUUUUACUCUCUUAUUUAUAUUUAUUUUUUUAUACACAUAUAUAACAUUUUUUUCCUUUAUUUUGCCUUUUUAUAUCAACUUUUUAUUCCAAACGGAAGUAUCAGCAGACUUAACGACAAAGAAAUUAUUGUAAAAUAAUUGCAAGUCGAAAAGUCUUGUAAAAAUGCUAAGCAUUGUUAGUGAAAAUCAACGCGUACUUAGGUAAAGUUAUAUUUCAAUAUUUGUUCUAUUUUAUUGUUUGCUCGAAAUGAGCACACAAAUGUGUCCGAGAAUCAUAAACUGAUAAAAAAUUAGUCAAAUUAUUAAUUUAGAUAUUCUUUCGGUUUUACAUUUUUUAAAAAAUAUUUUUCUCUUUCACUAAAGUAUGAACAAGUUACAUUAGUAAACGUUAUAUUUAUAAUUUAUUAUGUUAAUAAAUUAUAAUUUUGGCUAAUUGCUAUGAGUAAAAAGUCAUCAUUAAUAAAAAAAGUCAGUAUAAACAUGAAGAUGAAGAAAAUAAACAGAAGAAGAAUUUACAAGAAAUACUAAAUAAUUAAUGAACUACAUUAUUGUUUUUUUCAUCGCAUAGAAAUCGAAAUAAAAUCUAUCGAAAAGUAAAUAAAGAUCUUAACCGUUAUAAGGCCUUUAAAAUUAUCAAAUGUAAAUAAUAAACACGGUUCUUAAAAUUUUUACCAGUAAUAUGUUUUGCCUAUAUCAAGCAACAUUUUGCUCCAGGAUCAUUUUUUCAAUAUUGAAAAUCAAUCAGUUUUGGAAAUUUAAAAAUUUCGUCAAUAAGAUGCUGAAAGAUGAAGAAAUUUACAAUUAU